AUAACGAUGAAGGAUGCAAGAUAGAUUAUUUUACAAUAGCUACUCUUUUGUGUGUUGGACACUAACUUCAACAGUGAAUGUAGGAAUCUAACAAUCACUAGAUCUGACCUGCAGGUGUAUCCAUCUAAAACGCUUAUCACUGGGGUUGUGUCUCAUCCUACCAUCAGGAACUCUAUCCCACAUGUCCCAUUGCUGACUGGGUGGAGAUUUUAUGAUUCUCCUCAAAUCAACCCACACACACACACGCACACACACACACAGCAUCUCUGCUGCAGUCAGGAACCAGCAAUAUUCCUGCACCAGCUCAGUUGUACAUUAGCACAGUUGUCAGUUGCUUUGACUGCAGUGUGAAAAUAGAGGUGACUGGCUGCAAGUGCCACAGAGAAUUAGAGUUGUCUGCAUUCUCUUGAAUUAACAGCACAUGGAUUUGUUAACUCAUCUGGGAGUGAUAAGCAUGCAGUCUAGAAGAGAUUUGACUGCAGAGAGAGCACGUGCCACUUAUUGCCCACAUGUUGAAGAGGUUUGGCUCUGGGCAUUCUCAUAUUCUUAAGUUUUUUAUCUGUUCUAUGGACAAACUUGUAAGCUAAUUUGCCUUUGUGUUCACCCAUAGCAUUCCCUGCCCAAUAAUAAUAACAUUUUUUUUUUUGAUGGGGAAAAAAUGUGAGAAACACUGCUGCUGUACUAUAUAUACUAUGGAACAAAAUGUGAAGGCUGUUUAAGUUUCUUUAGAUAAGAUUCCUAUAAUGUAAUGUAAACCAUGACCUUACACCACUGAGUGUUAUUCAGUUCACCUAAGUGCACUCAUCUUUGUACCAAGUGAGGUAAAAUGACUCAAGUGCUAACUGAUUUCCUGUCUCUGUGUGAUCCCUGUAGAGUUACCUGCCUCACAUCCCCUUACUAAAAGGUCAUCUCAAAAUAAAAAUGACAAAAAUCACAGCAGAGAAUAUGCAAUUCACACAAAUAUUUUGUGAAUGAUUGUGGCAAACAGUGUUUUUGUUGCGGUACCCCAGAUGAUGAUUACUGGGAAUGGAGCUUUUGUUACUAUGCAAGUGAACGAUUGUUGGGAAUGGUGUUUUGACUGUUGCAUUUCCUCAAGUCUUCAGUGGCACAGAGGGAAAUAUUGUUUGGAUAAUUUGAGAUGCAGCCGUUUUUAGCCGUGCUUCCUGUCACUGCGUGCAGUUCCCGCUCGCCUCCCUCGUGGUUCAUUGAUGACUGUUAUAGAUAGAAACAAAUGGCAGGAGACCAGCUGUCCAGAGCCAUCCGUCCGCCAACCAUCCACGUUGCGCCAUCUGCAGUCGACAACAGAACGUAAUAUAAUCUUUGUAUUUUACUGGUCAGAAUCUGAAGUUGUGGGAAACAGUUCAAAAAUACUGUAACCCCCUGGAGUGUCUUCUGUGAGGAUUUCAUCUGUAGGACAGCUGACAAUGCAAAGGAGGACAGUGGGGUUGGGCGCUAAAAGCUGCGGUCAGGUCACCCAAAAAUAACAUCUCAACCACAGGACAAAGGUCCCAAUUCCCAGCUCAGCAACCCAACAAUCACCAGCACAUGCCCUGACAACCAGGUGCAUACCCUCUCUAUCAGACUGAGUCAGGGAGACUUCAGAUCACUACAUUUUCCGUUGGCCACGGAGAGAUGGAGUUGGUCUCAUCCCUCCCUUUAGCUCUCCUACUCCUUUCUUUUAUCCUCCUCUUCAGCACAGGAGCUGAGGGUCUUAACCUGGAGGGGCCUUUGAUGAAGGACCUGAUGCGGGGUUAUAACAAGAACAUUCGUCCAGUGGAGUGGAACAAGAACAUCAUCCAAGUGGAGCUCAAGCUGACUCUUACCAACCUCAUCUCUCUGAACGAGCGAGAGGAGGCCCUCACUACCAGCGUGUGGGUUGAAAUGCAAUGGGAUGACUACCGCCUGAAGUGGGAUCACUUGCCAGAGUAUCAGAAUGUCACCCGCCUGCGCAUUCCUUCCAAAAGCAUCUGGCUGCCGGACAUUAUCCUAGAGAACAAUAUGGAUGGAAAAUUUGAAAUCGCUCUGUACGUCAAUGCCCUCGUUGACCCCUCUGGCCACGUCUCCUGGUUGCCCCCGGCUAUCUAUCGGAGCGCCUGCUCCAUUAAGGUCAACUACUUCCCCUUCGACUGGCAGAACUGCACGAUGGUGUUUCGCUCCCAGACCUACACCGCUAACGAAAUCGAGCUACGUCUCAUAACUGAUGAAAAGGGUCAGAUGGUGGAGUGGAUUGAGAUCGAUCCAGAGGCGUUCACAGAGAAUGGUGAAUGGGCCAUCAAACACAGACCCGCCAAGAAGAUAAUAAACCAUCGCUACAGCAGGGACGAGUUGGAAUUCCAGGAGUUGGUGUUCUUCCUGAUCAUCCAGAGGAAGCCUCUGUUCUACGUGAUCAACAUCAUCGUGCCCUCUGUGCUCAUCUCCUCCCUGUGCCUGCUGGUCUACUACCUCCCCGCUAAAGCUGGUGGGCAAAAGUGUACCAUGUCAAUUUCCAUACUCCUGGCGCACACUGUUUUCCUCUUCCUCAUUGCCAAGAAAGUUCCGGAAACAUCGCAAGCUACACCACUUAUCGGAAAGUACUUGAUGUUUGUCAUAUCAGUGACCACCAUGGUGGUGAUGAAUUCUGUAAUUGUGUUGAAUGUCUCUCUGCGAACUCCCAACACCCACCUGAUGACAGACAAAGUCCGAAAGGUCUUCCUAAACGUCCUGCCGCAAAUGCUCCAAAUGCAGAUGAGACCCUGGACCCCGGCAGAGCCCCCCUCGCGACGACGCAGCUCCCUGGGCCUCAUCUCCAAGGCCAACGAGUGCUUCCUGAAGACGGCCCGCUCCGAGAUCAUGUUCAGCAAGCUCAGAGAGCGGGACGGGCUGAUGAGGGUCGCGUUAGAGCAGAUCCAGAACGGUCUGCAGGGGGACACGGCGCAGGACGUGUGUGCCAGUCUUGCCCAGGCCUCUUCAGCAGUGAAGCAGUGCGUUGCUUCCUGCAAGCACAUCACCGAGACCAUCCAGCAGCAGAACCGCUUCCAGAGCGAGAAUGAAGAGUGGUUCUUGGUGGCGCGGGUAAUAGACCGGGUCUGCUUCUUUGCCAUGGCACUCCUGUUCAUCAUGGGCACGAUUGGUAUCUUCCUCAUGGGUCACUUCAACCAGGCUCCUUCCAUGCCAUUUCCAGAUGACCCAAAGACAUACUUACCGAAGUAAAACCGCAGACUGCUUAGCAGAGGGACAGCUACCAGCUGAGAACAGGGCUCUGUGUCUGUGUUGCUGAGCUGGCUGUGGAAGCCUGCCUAUGCUUCUUAAUGGUAUUCACAAUGAGCCAGCAAAUAAGGACAGAUUUAAUUAUGGGGAAGACAUCAUUUUCAAUGUUAAAAACAUGAAGGUGUGAAUGUGACCAAUGCUUAGGAUGUCUGUGUUUAAAUUUACAGGGAGUUCUUUUUUUCUCAUAGAAGGAUGCUGGUACUGCUGUAUUAUUCCUUCCUAUAGUAUGAUCACCCAAAAAUAUAAAAAAGUUUGGGAAGAAAUUGAAUGAAAAACUACAGUAUGUAGCAACGUGGCAAGGUUAAAGAAUCGGAUUUGCAGAAGCAGAAGACUAUAGGUUCAUGUUCCAGGCAGGACACUAUUGUUGUACCCUUGCAAGAGGUACCAAGAGUAAACAUCCAGCUGCUUGAAUGGAUAAGAUGUGAAAUACAUUCUCAGUGUUAUUUUAUAAAUAUCUGUCAGUGGCUUGGACUGGAGAAAUAUGAUUCUCCAAAAACCUGAAAGCUUUGCAAAUAUAGUAAGGCUCAUUCUGCAUUUCUGGCUGUGAUUUGUCAAUGUUUAUAUUUUCACUGGGUUGUGCACAGCUUGAAAUCAUCAGUAUAACGAGAGUGCUGUUAUUAGCUAAAUGUUCUUCGUAAAGGGAAAUUAAAUGCUAGAUUUAUCUCGAAGAACAGAGAUGAUUGUAUGUUAUUAAAUGAAGUGACAAGAAUGUUUGUUCCAUCACUUUGUUUUGUGGUUGAGCAAUCCUCGAUCUCCCAGUCAUACCAGCAUGAAGAGAAGGCUAUUUAACAUCAAUUAAUGGUAUUGUAAAAACAGUGUUUCUCUCACAAUAAACCAAUACAAAAAACAGAA